AUAUAAUAUAUAAACAGCAUAUAUACCUAUAUAUGUUAUGAGAUUAUAGAUUGUACAUUUAUUUUUUAUUGGACAAAUGAUUGAGUUUAACAAAUCAAAGAGACAAUUGUAAUAUGUAUAAAAGUAUACUCAAUAAAUUGCUGACACUAGGUGCUAAGUGAAUGUUUUGUCAGGAAGAAACUCACUCGAUAACCUCGACGUUCCACGACAUUGUUAUAUGUAGUUUUGGACUUUCUGCGCAUGUCACGCAAGCGUGCCAUGUGUCGCUUCCGAUUUGAUCAGCUGUCGUUUGGCGCCAACCUUCAGUCUUCACUUUGUUUGCUCUCUUGUGCUUUUGUUUGCCGGCGUUUCGCGCUGUAAUUUUUUGCAUAUUCUCGCGAAGUGUCAAUUGCUCAAAGAUACGUCGAUUAACGUGCGAAAAUGUCAGACGUACGUAUUCUGGGUAAGCGAUUAGGGCAACGCAUCGGUCAGGAGGCGAUCGUGCUUGGCAAAAUCACGGAGAAAAGUUCAGAUGGUAGGAGCGCAGAGUUAACGACGACGGAUGACGCUCGAAUUAACGUGGUGUUUCCUGAGCCGCUCGAUAACAACAUAGCGGACUACAUAGAGGUGCACGGUACGAUAAAGUCCAAGUCCACCAUGUCCUGCAGUUUCUUUAUAUGUUUCCCUUCAAACAUGACCAAGGACUUCGAUGCAAAUGGCUACAAUACAAUGCUGAAUGUGCGCUGCGCAGCGGGGAAUCAGUUAGAGGGAGUGUUCUACGGAGAUUAAGAAAAUACAGAGCUUCAAGGAAUUUACAUAUACAAAUUGUUUACUAUGUUUUACUUCGAUCCUUACAUUUCUUUUUUUUUUUUUUUUUUUUUUUUACAUUAGCGUAUAUAUUCUCUAACAUAAAAAUAUAACAAGGAAUGCUAUAAUAAAUGUAAAAGAAAAGCGUUCAAACAUGCAUUCCCUCGCGUCUGUAUAUAAAAUCGAUCUGGUGGGACCUAAUAAGUAUACAAAAUAAGUAUGCAACAUGCGAAACCUUAGAACUAUAAUAAAUAUAUUAUCUCAAUAUGUAUAAA